AUGGAGCUUAACAAUAUCAAACCUUGCGAAAUUGUUUUCAAGGCGAAGCUUUUUGCCUUCGAUUAUUCCGUGAUAUUUCUUGUUAUGGUUCAUGGCCAGAUAUGUGUUAUGAAGGUGCAUCACGGUCGAGGGCCACGACGGUACUACGAACCGAAAGAUCGUGAGUUGGAUAUCCAUGUGCUUGAGUCUGCCGCCUAUCGGCGACUAAGGGAUCGAGGGUUGUGUGGAUGUGGAAUUAUCCCUCGUUUACUUGGGACGAUGGAGAAGUUCGAUCCGAAACCAUGCCAACCUUACCUGAAAAUGUUCCUUCAUGAUAAAUACCUUCCUAGCGCUAUUUUUCUGGAGUACAUACCGAAUCUUGAGAUGAUUCAUCUGCACAACUAUACACAGAAACGAAUGGACAACUUUCUCAAAGGCAUGCAGGAGAUACACGGAGCAGGAGUACGACACAGGGAUCCGAAACCUAGGAACAUGAUGAUCGUCAAGGACGAUUCGGAAAGAGUUGUUUGGAUAGAUUUUGAUCGAGCAGAGACUUACAACCUUCCAGUCACCGAUGAACAAAAAAGGCUUUUGGACGAGGAGGAGGAGAUUGUUCUUGGCUUCGGGGACUGUUUAUGUCUUUUCCUCUACCUAGCUACGCGCAACGCCACCAAUACAGCAUACGAAGCUAGCGACAUCCACAAUAUAGGGGUUUGGCAUGGCUUCAACUUGAACGCACUUCUUCAAAGUUAUCAGAAUCUCUUGGUUCAAGCACGGCUUCCACCAGACCCAAUGCCGACAUCCCCACCCCGUGCUAUAACAGCAGAGAAUGCUCUUAGAAGCAAGAUCUCAGAAUAUGUCUUUCCAAGAGUGCGACGGGCUCUUCGAGCUGGGUUUGACCGGUUGAUGGCAAUCAACCAAAUGAACGGCCUCACUCCCGUGUCGUUUGAUGUUGGAGAGUGCGCCGAAGUUAUCGAUGCUUUCAAGCCAGACACCGCUUAUUUUGCGGUCGCACUGCCAGUAGGCACCGGUCCAAACCGCGCACCAGGAGAUGUCAAGCCAUCGUGGAAAUGGAGCACAGCCCAUGCAAACCACCGACUCCUCGGAAUUCGCAACGAGUAUCGCCAAGCACUCAGUCAGGUCAACUGGUAUAUGAGACAGCACAAUUCUCGACACGGCUUUCUUCUUACAAAUCGCGAAUUGGUCGUAUUCCGAAGAGUGGAUGACGGCGGCAACCUUGAGCUUGUUCCACCCAUCCCAUUCACAUUCGGAGGUACCGCUGAACAGCCCCAGAUGACUGUUCUCUUGGCACUGUGGUACCUCGGCAUGCUUGCUGCCCAAGAUGGACACGGUGGUUGGCAUAUGUGAUCUUUUCUCUGCGGGGUCCUUAUAUACUUGGGCUGUUUCUGUUGCAAAUGUACUGUUUCAAGUGUGUGGCCAGGUGAAAUGGACAGUCCGGGAAUCACCACUCUCCAUUAACGUUGAGGGUGACAUGGCCCAAUUAGGACUAGUGCAGGAUAAAUUGGUUAAGUUAGUUUAUCCAGUGAGUGUCAAGGGAAAGCUAAGCUAUACAGCGAGUGUAAAUUUCAUUCUUGAUCUACAC